CCAAAACGUCACACCUAUUGUUGUGUUUACCUCAAAAAUACUUCAUGAACCAUUCGCAAAAGUUGCACUUAACUUUCUGGAGAACUGUUGCUGCACACACAGUGAAGGGAUAUGAAGCAGUUUUAAUGAAGUAUGAAAAGAUGUGCGUGCAGAGCUUAGUAAAUUUGUGGAGCUGUGCCAUCUUGAUCUUGAUAUCUCUGGAACCCUUGUCCCUCAGACUGAAAACAAGAGCUAAAGCCAGUGCUAAUGUAACAAAGCUGAAACCAGUCUACAACUUUGGCAGGAGCUUUCUGGGUUUGGACAAAUGCAAUGCCUGUAUAGGAACAUCGCUGUGCAGGAAGUUCUUCAAAGAAGAAAUCAGGUUUGAAAACUGGCUAUCUGCAGGUUUAAAACUCCCUCCUAGCCACAAGACGACAUACUUUGCGAAUUAUACUGCUGAUACAGAGAACUGGAAGCCAGUCAUCAUCUCUCGGUUACAAAGCAAGUUUCAAGAUGAACUUUCUGAUUGGAAAAUUUGCACCUCAGCUUCAAAGAAAGCCACAUGCAGCAUUGAGAAUGUUCUGAGAAGCACUCAACGAUUCCAGAAAUGGCUGGCAGCUGAUCGGCUGACUGCUGAUUUAGUUCAGAGUCUCCCUAGCCCUUUGUUGAGAUGUCCAUCCCAACGGCUGUUGGACCGGAUUGUUCGGCGUUACGCUGAAGUGAGGGACUCGGGCAGUGUCCUGAUGCGCCAAUUCACUGAUCGGGAUAAACUCCGUCUGCUCUACACCUUAUCUGUCAACACCCACCCCAUCAUACUGCAGCUUUUUCCAGGAAUAGAAGGAUGGCCAUUUCUGCGCUAUUUUGGAUCUUGUGGUCGAGUAAUUGUGACUCCAUGGACUAAUCCCAUCAGAGAAUUUUAUAAUGCAUCUCUGGAGGUCAUUGUAGACAUAGCCUACCAGCUUCUGCAAAUUACUCACUCCAUGAAAAACAAUGACUUGAAUUAUUUCUUCUACUACACCAGUGUCCAUGACAACAUGUUUGGUACUUUUGAGGAUGGACGUCUUUAUAUUACAGACACCAGCACUAUAGGCAUCAUCGAUAAACAGGAAGAUAAAGGAUUUGUCCAUGAAAUAAAUUGGAAAAAAGAUGUGUUCUCUUGUUUGGCUUCCAACUGUGAAAUGGAACUUACACCUUGUGGGAAGAUCAGUGAGGCACAAAACUUCAUCAAGGUGUGCAAAGACAUACUCGCGAACCUACUGACAGACAAAUUCAGGUCUUCUCCAGCUCUCCAGAAGCAAAUCAACACAUUUCUGAGGCUCUGCAGUGAUGAGUUGCUCUCAGCCAAUAUUACCCUGCAGGCAGCUGAUCAGCUUAUGGAAUUACUAAAAUCCCAUCAAUCCUGUGAUCCUCAUUUUGAAUACAGGUAUCCAGAAUGUAAAUACAUUAAAGGCUACUGAGACACAAUUUGCUUUCAUAGGCAUUUUGUUUCUUCAGGUCAGAGUGAUUCUAUAUAGGUUGAAGGGUUUACUUGGAGGAGAAAGUGAGGACUGCAGAUGCUGGAGAUCAGAGCUGAAAAUGUGUU